AGAUCUUGGGGUCAGAGGUAACUCGACUGGCUGCUAACGCUGACGUCGACUUGUGCAGCAAAAUGGCGACGUCGCCAGCAGUCGUGCAGACAAACCGGUCCGUUUCUUUAUUAUCACCCCCAAAACGAACCCAAAUGAAAACAGCAAGGGGGUUCAGACUUCUGGACCGCAGUAUGAUUUUACUACUGUCGUUUGUCUCUUUGCUACACUGUGCUCUGGCUGACGGUAAGACUCUGGUGCUCCUGGACAACCUCAACAUCAGAGACACCCAUUCAAUCUUCUUCCGCAGUCUGGCAGAUCGUGGCUUUGACCUGGCAUUCAAGACGGCUGAUGAUCCUUCCCUAUCUUUGAUCAAAUAUGGGCAGUUCCUGUAUGACCAUCUGAUCAUUUUCUCCCCAUCGGUUGAAGAUUUCGGUGGGAACAUAAACGUGGAGACCAUCACAUCCUUCAUUGAUGGUGGGGGCAAUGUCCUGGUUGCUGCCAGCUCAGAUAUUGGUGACCCACUGAGGGAAUUGGGCAGUGAGUGUGGCAUUGAGUUUGAUGAGGAGAAAACUGCUGUCAUUGACCAUCACAACUAUGACGUGUCUGAUCCCGGAGAGCACACCCUGAUUGUCGCAGACCCAGAGAACCUACUCAAAGCUCCUACUAUUGUCGGCAAACCCACCGAUAGGCCUGUUCUGUUCAAGGGUGUUGGCAUGGUGGCUGACCCAGAGAAUCCUCUCGUCCUGGACAUCCUAACUGGAUCCUCUACGUCCUACUCAUUUUUCCCUGACAGGCCCAUCUCUCAGUACCCCCAUGCCGUUGGCAAGAACACCCUGCUGAUUGCAGGCCUCCAGGCCAGAAAUAAUGCCAGAGUGGUUUUCAGCGGCUCUAUGGAAUUCUUCAGCGACGCUUUCUUCAACUCGGCCGUGCAGAAGGCCAGACCAGGUUCACAGAGACACGAGCAGACGGGGAACAUGGAACUGGCCGUGGCUCUGUCUCGCUGGGUGUUCAAGGAGGCCGGUGUGCUCAGAGUGGGAGCUGUCACCCAUCAUCCUGUAGGGGAGAUCACUCCACCUGCAGCAUACACCGUUACUGACCUCGUGGAGUACAGCAUUGUUAUCGAAAUGUUGUCUGAAGGCCGCUGGGUUCCCUUUGAUGGAGAUGAUAUUCAGCUGGAGUUUGUGAGGAUUGAUCCCUUCGUCAGGACUUAUCUCAAGAGAAAUGGAGGCAAGUAUCGUGUCCAGUUCAAGUUGCCUGAUGUGUACGGAGUCUUCCAGUUCAAGGUGGACUACAACCGACUGGGAUACACACAUCUGUACUCCUCAACACAGGUAUCGGUGCGUCCUCUGCAGCACACUCAGUACGAGCGUUUCAUCCCAUCAGCCUUCCCGUACUACGCCAGUGCCUUCUCCAUGAUGGCGGGACUCUUCGUCUUCAGUGUUGUCUUCCUGCAUAUGAAAGAGAAGGAGAAGUCUGAUUAGUUCUGGAAAAACAAGAAUAUGGGAUUAAGUUUUGGCAUGAAACGUUGAUACUCAGUCGUGAACAACUAAUUCUUCACCCUGGGACUUGGACUGUAUCUCUUCUGUUAAUAGGUGUUGCCAAUCAAUCAGGCCUGGAGUCAAAAGGGGCUUUGAUUUCAAAGCAUUUUUUUUAUGUACUCUGAAAUCAUCUUCAAGCCCAAAUGUACUAAAGUAUGUCAGAAGUUUUAUAAAGUUUAUUUACAAUUGAUGAUAUGGUCUCUGUGGUAAAGCAGCAGGAAAAUGUUAAAGCAAUUAUUAACAUGGCAACAACAUGCACUGAAUAUGCUGUUUUUUUCCGUUUUUUUUUUUUUUUUUUGAUAAGAUGGUUGUUUUCAAAAGAGCUGGAGUCCUUAAUAAAACACUGACAUUCCACACAUCAGGGGUCUGUGUGUCUGUUACCAAGUGAAAGGUCUUUACUGCAGAUUAAAAAGUGUGACCCACAAUGCUAUGAAUUAUGAAACCGUUUCUUUACCAUAAUUCAAAUAAAAAAGCAUCAACAGAAAUG